UCGCAAUCCCAAAUAGUAGCUGAACAGUCCGAACCCCAACCGUACAAACUGUCGAUCAUCAAUCACAGAGAGUGAAUUUGGAGUUCUUGGCCUAAGCAAUCUCAUCUCGUAUCACUCCUCUUGAUCUCUGAGAUUUUUCACAUGCUAAAAGCCGAAAACCCGUCAGAUUUUCUCAAGGAAAUUGAAGUUUAUCAUCAGCCGAAGCUAUAUUCUUUCAGAUCUUAGUUUGCCUGUUUGCGUACUGAAGAAGACAAGCCGAAUUUUGGACUACAAUUUUUUGAUUCUUAGCAGUAUUAAGUUGAAGGAUGGGAGAGUUUUGUAGGUAUAUUCAGAUUUAAUGUUAUUCUCUUGAAAUUUUUGGAAGACCGGUCCUUUUUGAUUCGUAUGGGGAUUCGCAAUGCUGGGUGCUUCGGAUUGAAUUCGUUCUUGGUGUGACAUGGGUUUUGGGUUGGAAUCUGAAAGACCCAUUUUGAGGAAAUGCUGUUUGUCCUGGAGAUUUAGUUUAUUUCUUGAUGGGACUUGAGGUAGCACUGAGUUGAAUAUUGUUUUGGGUAUAUUGUAAUUUCUUUUCUAUUGAAGGAUAAUUUUCUGUUCUGGAGGGGGAAGAAAAAUGUUUUGGAGGGAAAGGGAAAGGGAGACUAAAGAGCAGAAUGGUGGGCCUCCAGUUGGGCAGAUCAGGGUGCUUGUUGUUGGAGACUCAGGUGUUGGGAAAACUUCUCUUGUUCAUCUGAUUAUGAAAGGUUCUUCCAUUGCUCGACCUUCUCAAACAGUUGGUUGUACUGUUAGUGUCAAGCAUACAGCUUAUGGAAGUUCUGGUAGCUCAUCAAGUAGCAUGAAAGGUGACGCUGAAAGAGAUUUUUUUAUUGAACUGUGGGACAUAUCAGGACAUGAACGUUAUAAAGAUUGCCGGUCUCUGUUUUAUUCUCAAAUCAAUGGUGUUAUGUUUGUUCAUGACCUUUCUCAAAGAAGGACAAAGACCAGCUUGCAGAAGUGGGCUGCUGAGAUUGCAGCAAAUGGGACUUUCUCAGCUCCUUUGGGAUCUGGAGGUCCUGGGGGACUUCCUGUUCCCUAUGUUGUCAUUGGUAACAAAGCAGAUAUUGCUUCAAAAGAGGGCACUAGAGGGAGCAGUGGUAAUCUUGUUGAUAUAGCUCGUCAGUGGGUUGAGAAACAGGGAUUACUUCCAUCAAGUGAGGAACUUCCGUUAACUGAGAGUUUCCCUAGUGGUGGAGGACUUCUCGCUGCUGCCAAGGAAGCCAGAUACGACAAGGAAGCUGUGAUGAAAUUUUUCAGAAUGUUGAUCAGGAGGAGAUACUUCUCCGAUGAAUUGCCUGGUGCAGCCCCAUGGUCUGCCCAAGUUAAUCGGCCACUGCCACAAUCGGGUGAAAUAGUAAGUGAUGACGAUCAGCAAUACAGAAGUCUGAGUCUAAGUGGAGACCCGUACAAGUACAACAUUCUUCCUCCCCUUCCGGCUCAACGCAACCUGACACCACCACCGACACUCUAUCCACAGCAGCCCAUGUCGACACCCGACAAUUACAACAUCCCCAGAUUUGCAUACACAAGCUCCCAGGAGAUCAGUACUGCAAGAUCAAAGCGUACAGAUAUAAACGUAUAAAAUCUCAAUCCACCCUUAUAAGCUCAAGCGAAUACGUUCAGCUUUAUGGAAUAUAGUUUUUUUGUUUUCCUCUGUGGGGUGCUAAGGGUGUGCCUUCCAACUGCUUGUAUACAACUCCAUUCUUUCUGCUAAUCUUGAUUUUCAAUUAUUACUUGUUCUGUUGUAAUUCUUUCAGCUACUAUUGGAAAAAAGGAACCUGUCUUUGCGGUAAACGCGAAACUCUAUAUGGAUUUCAUCUUUAAUUA